AUGCUGCCACGUUAUCCUCGUCUAUGUCGCACUGCGCAUCGAAUCCCCUCCUCCGAUCGGCAAGAAUCUGCGCUUCGGUGGAUCGGAGCGAUCGAUGCUACCCUCCCCCCCGGUGGUGAAUACUACCAGCAGGGUCCUCCCCAGGGCUAUCCCCAGUACCCCCAGCAACCCCAGCAGUACGCUCCCCAGGGCGGCCCUCCCGGUCCCCAAUACGCUCCCCAGCAGGACAACAACAAGGGUAAAAGUGGUGGUGGUCAGGGCUGCCUCGGUGCCUGGUGA